CUCCUGUACCUUGGUGAUGGGAAAAUUGAUGACACCGAACUUCCUCACCGCACGAAAAUAACGCAGAUGGUCUUGGAUGAAUACCGCAGGGAAUACAACAGGGCAAAAGAUGAUAUAAAGAAUGCACUGGGAUGCAUCUCGAUGACCACGGACCUGUGGAGUGACCUGAAUCGUGAUAGUUACAUGGCAGUGACUGCCCACUUUAUGACACGG